GAGGGUGGCUUCCUCCACACCCUUCCGUCUCUCCGACCCCGACCUGGCCCGCACCCACACUCUGCCCCAUUCCCAGGCACUCUUCUGGCAGGUCUGGGCGGCAGGACACUGGGGUUCAAAGCCUUGGGUCCCGCAGGGGUUGGGGAGGAACAGAGGAGGCAGGUGUGGAGAGGCAGCAGGUGUGGGCGUAUGUGACACAGGGCUGGGAGGGUGUCUGGAGUGGGAGGUGUUACGUGCGUGAGUGCCUGUCAUUCUGUGUGUGUGUGUGUGUGUGUGUGUGUGUGUGCGCGCGCGCCUCCCACAGCUGGUUGCCAUGUGCCCUGGGCUUGGUGACAGCUAGGGUGAGUGUGAUUGUAUGUGGCAGUGCAACUGUAUGGUCUCGUCAGAUAUUUGAGGUUGCAUAGGACCCUGGUUGUACUGAUGAAGUUGUUUUGACCAUGUGUCUCUGUUAUAUGUGCAAUGAUGUGUUUUGAGUGUGUAAUUCUGUAUGAAGUGGUGUGUAACUACCAGAGUGUGUCAGGGCUCCACUUUAGGGUGGCUUGUCUCUUUGUAGACUUCAUGACCAUAAGCCCUCUGGGCAAGCAUUUGUUAAAGUAGGUUGUGUUGUGUUUUGUCAUUGUGAGAUUAGUGUUUGGUGCUAGUUGUGUACUUUCAUGUGGUGAUGUCUGCAGCAGGGCUCUGUGAGUGUCCAUGACGUGUCUCAUCCUUGCUGCCUCUCCGGCUUCCUGGUACAGAUAGGGGUCUUUAGUACACCCCACUGCUUCACCAAGUUUUCCGCAAAUAGCCCAGGUGGACCCAAGGAGGGACUCUAAGUGUUCAGCUGCCCAGCCUGGUUUCCAAGAGACCUUAUGGCUCUAGCACCUAGCCCCUGUAGGAAGGCUUUAGUUAGUGCUGGGUCAGCCCUCUCUUCCCACACCAAAUCAUGUACUCAGAUUAUUCUUACAACUGAAUCCUUCAACCCCCAACAAACCUUUCAGAACUUCACUCAAACCCCAGGAAAACACAUCCUCUUGCUUCUUCUCCAGAGCCAGAGCUAGAAGCUCUAGGCUUGGGAAGUUCCAUGUGAUGUCCUGUAUGUCCCCCCAAACCACUUGGCUGCCUGGGCAUCCUCUCUUUCCCACAUGGGGAGGUAUGUGAGACCAGGACAUCUGUGCAUGUGCAUGUUCCUGGGUUUGGUAGGAAGAGCCAUGUGUUUGUGUAGGUGACUGUGUCACCCUGCGUACAUUUCCAUGUGUGUGUUUGUGUCUCUCAUUGUGCAGCCUGCUCUAGAAAGCCAGCAGAGUGGGAGGAGGGAGGCUGUCUCCCUGAGGCCAAAACAAAGCUGGGGAGGUGGAGGGAAGCCAUGAUCCUUGUCCUUCCUGAGGGGAGUGAGAUUGAGACCUGGGAAGGGGGAGGGGACUAGGAUGAGGUGCCUUGAACAUGUGCCUCCCCCCACCCCCCGUCACUGUUCCUGGGAAGGCCCUAGUCAGGAUCAGGGGAGCCACUCAGGCUGGCCCCAGAUGAGAGAGCAUGCCAGAUGCCCCUCAGAGCUGGAUGGAAUCCAAAGGGCCCGCUGUCCAGCACUUCCAUGAAUUCUGUUUCCACCUCCAUCUUAGAAUUCUUGAGGGUAGUAAGGGCCUAGGGGCCUUCAAUACCAUCACAUUAAGUCAGUGUUUGCUUCCAGCUUUAAGGGGUUCUCCCGCUUAAUGAAACCAUCCCUUCCGCACUUAGCUAUUUGAAUGAGACUGGGUGGCGGAAGCAUUUGUAUUUGGAGAUGCCCUGCCUCAGGUCAGUCAGGAAUAGAAGUGUACCAACUAUGUGACUUUUGUUUUCUUGGCCUCACCUUUCUCAUCUGUAAAAGAGAAUGUUACUUCCUGGCUGCCUACCUGCCUCCCAAGGAAAAUGGAAAGGUCAAAUGUUGACAAGCGUCAAGAAUCGUGGUACGGGUCUACAGCAGCCUAGCUCCACACAGGACUUGGAAAGUAGACAUAGGACUACCAGGAGCUCUCAUCUCUAAGGGCGGCUUAUUUUAUAGUGGGAAACAAAUCAGGUUGGGACGCCAGUGUUAACGAAGACUCUGGGCGGGCGGGCGGGCGGGCGGGCGGCGCCAAGCGCUGAGUGUUGCGAGAUGCCUAAGCUGAAGCACGAAGGGGAGUCGUUGUCCGCGGUGCUGAAGCGCGCGCCAGGCCUCGCUUUCCCUUGCCUGCAGGUGGGAUUCCUGGGAUCAGAUUUAGGGUAGUCUCCAGCUCCCGUCAUCCUGUCCCAUCAGGCUUGCAGGGAGGCAGCUGGAAAGUUACACCUCAGGGCAUCCUGGGUACCUCCGACCGUUUUGCUUCCCCACUCCCAACCCAAAGCUCAAAACGGAGCUGGGAGACUCUUUAGGAAAACAAAACAAAACACAGUCCGAGCCCCACCCGACCCCUGUCUAAUCCCUCGGGUCUUCCCAGCCCAGUGGGGCCGCUGGGCAGUGCGGUUCCGAGGGGAAAGGCUACGUUUAGCGGCGGCCCUGUCUGAGUGGAAGAGAGAAAGGCCAAGAGAAGAUGCGGAGAGGGUUGGAGCCUGACUGGCCAAUCCUGAGCUCGGUCCCCGAACUGGGAUCUCUCCUUGGAGUCCCUCCGGCCCUGAGUAUUGUUCCCGGGGCGGGGGUGCCCCCGUGUGGCUGCGAGGAGCCAUGCGCACGGAGCUGCUUCGCGAUGGGGUGGUCGCCGUCAAGUGGAUAAGAUUUGCCCAGAGUUAGGAGGUCAUUCCCACCACUUAAAAGUAUGGUUUUCAAACAAACAUGCGGGAUCCCAGUCGAAGGAGCGGGACUAUAUCUCUCCCGUAGGCUUUCCCAGGAAUUUGAAGGCGUUAGAGGGUCCUGGAAGGGUUUACUUGGAGUGUAACCUGAUAGGGAUGAGUCCAGAGUCCGGGAAAGGGGUGCAGUGGGACCGAAGUGAGGGGGUGGGAGUGGGGCUCUUCUCGAAGCAUUCGGCUGUAGCCAGCGUAUGGUGGUAGAGUCUGUAAACCUGCCGCACCGAGACAAACGCAAAUAGAAACAGUUGUGAGAGCAAGGAAUUUGGAGCCGGGAGACAGAAAACAGUGGGACACAACUCUGCCGCCUCUUCUUUGCCACCUCAAUACACUGGCCUCCUCUCCUUCCUCCUGUCUUGUCUUCCAUUGGUCCAGAAAGUGUGGAAGUGUGGGGAGUUGCCAUGACAACUCUGUCCUCUUACUCCUUCGGCUCUUUAUGCCAAAAUGGUGGGGGCAGGGUGCAGGGUGCGGGGAGGAGUGCGACAGGCGGAGAAAGGGGGGCUGAAAGGAGGCAAUAAAAGAUACGGUUCAUUCCCCAUUCAGCUCUUUUCUCAAAACCCGUAUGUACUUGCCUGGCCUCCCCGCCAGAACCCAGAAAAAUGCUCCCUGAGAAGGCUGAGUCCGCGCCACCCCUCCCUGCCCCCCUAGUCCAGGAACUUUGGGGGCGGAUGCUUCACAUGAUGGGGCCAGGGUGAGCUCCUCUCAGGCGGCCAGGAGCACAUGGGAAGUCUCCAGGGUUUCGAUCCUAUGCCUGCCGGGCCGGCCCUCCCGCGCCGCCCACGCAGGGCCCACUUGGGUGAGGGCGGAGACCGGACCGCCCCGGGCCCUGGGGGCGGAGCUUGGACGCAGAGCUCUCCGCCACACCAUGAACCGAUGCCCUCGCAGGUGCCGGAGCCCGCUGGGGCAGGCAGCGCGAUCUCUCUACCAGCUGGUGACUGGGUCGCUGUCUCCAGACAGCGUGGAGGAUGAAUUUGAAUUGUCCACCGUGUGUCACCGGCCUGAGGGUCUAGAGCAGCUGCAGGAGCAAACCAAAUUCACGCGCAAGGAGUUGCAGGUCCUGUACCGGGGCUUCAAGAACGAAUGUCCCAGCGGAAUUGUCAAUGAGGAGAACUUCAAGCAAAUUUACUCCCAGUUCUUUCCUCAAGGAGACUCCAGCACCUAUGCCACUUUUCUCUUCAAUGCCUUUGACACCAACCAUGAUGGCUCGGUCAGUUUUGAGGACUUUGUGGCUGGUUUGUCUGUGAUUCUUCGGGGAACUGUAGAUGACAGGCUUAAUUGGGCCUUCAACUUGUAUGACCUCAACAAGGACGGCUGCAUCACCAAGGAGGAAAUGCUUGACAUCAUGAAGUCCAUCUAUGACAUGAUGGGCAAGUACACAUACCCUGCACUCCGGGAGGAGGCCCCAAGGGAACAUGUGGAGAACUUCUUCCAGAAGAUGGACAGAAACAAGGAUGGCGUGGUGACCAUUGAGGAAUUCAUUGAGUCUUGUCAAAAGGAUGAGAACAUCAUGAGGUCCAUGCAGCUCUUUGACAAUGUCAUCUAGCCCCCAGGAGAGGGGGUCAGUGUUUCCUGGGGGGACCAUGCUCUAACCCUAGUCCAGGUGGACCUCACCCUUCUCUUCCCAGGUCUAUCCUUGUCCUAGGCUUCCCUGGGGGCUGGAGGGAUCCAAGAGCUUGGGGAUUCAGUAGUCCAGAUCUCUGGAGCUGAAGGGGCCAGAGAGUGGGCAGAGUGCAUCUUGGGGGGUGUUCCCAACUCCCACCAGCUCUCACCCGCUUCCUGCCUGACACCCAGUGUUGAGAGUGCCCCUCCUGUAGGAACUGAGUGGUUCCCCACCUCCUACCCCCACUCUAGAAACACACUAGACAGAUGUCUCCUGCUAUGGUGCUUCCCCCAUCCCUGACUUCAUAAACAUUUCCCCUAAAACUCCCUUCUCAGAGAGAAUGCUCCAUUCUUGGCACUGGCUGGCUUCUCAGACCAGCCUUUGAGAGCCCUGUGGGAGGGGGACAAGAAUGUAUAGGGAGAAAUCUUGGGCCUGAGUCAAUGGAUAGGUCCUAGGAGGUGGCUGGGGUUGAGAAUAGAAAGGCCUGGACACAAUGUGAUUGCUCAGGCAUACCAGGUUAUAGCUCCAAGUUCCACAGGUCUGCUACCACAGGCCAUCAAAAUAUAAGUUUCCAGGCUUUGCAGAAGACCUUGUCUCCUUGGAAAUGCCCCAGAAACUUUCCAUACCCUCCUCGAUAUCCAUGGAGAGCCUGGGGCUAGAUAUCUGGCAUAUCCCUGGCAUUGCUUCCUCUCCUUCCUUCCUGCAUGUGUUGGUGGUGGUUGUGGCAGGGGAAUGUGGAUAGCAGAUGUCCUGGCUGAUGCCUGCCAAAGUUUCAUCCCACCCUCCCUGCUCAUCGUCCCUGUUUUGAGGGCUAUGACUUGAGUUUUUUUUUCCCAUGUUCUCUAUAGACUUGGGACCUUCCUGAACUUGGGGCCUAUCACUCCCCACAGUGGAUGCCUUAGAAGGGAGAGGGAAGGAGGGAGGCAGGCAUAGCAUCUGAACCCAGUGUGGGGGCAUUCACUAGGAUCUUCAAUCAACCCGGGCUCUCCCCAACCCCCCAGAUAACCUUCUCAGUUCCCUAGAGUCUCCUCUUGCUCUACUCAAUCUACCCAGAGAUGCCCCUUAGCACACUCAGAGGGCAGGGACCAUAGGACCCAGGUUCCAACCCCAUUGUCAGCACCCCAGCCAUGCUGCCAUCCCUUAGCACACCUGCUCGUCCCAUUCAGCUUACCCUCCCAGUCGGCCAGAAUCUGAGGGGAGGGCCCCCAGAAAGCCCCCUUCCCCAUCAGAAGACUGUUGACUGCUUUGCAUUUUGGGCUCUUCUAUAUAUUUUGUAAAAUAAGAACUAUACCAGAUCUAAUAAAACACAAUGGCUAUGCACAGCCUGCCGUCUCUGCCUUUUGUCCCUCCCACCUACAAAUACUACACAACCCCUAAC